GCUUUGGAGUGAAAUCCGAGAAAGCGGAGAAAAGCGCUGGACACCCGGCGAAGAUGCGGCGCCUGUGGCCGCUCGCUCUUUUCCUGUGGGCGGCGGCCCUCAGCGCGGCCCUCUGCUCCGGCGCCUCCUCCCACUCCCUGCGCUAUUUCUACACGGCGGUCUCGGAGCCCGGCCAGGGGCUGCCCCAGUUCAUCGCAGUGGGGUACGUGGACGACCAGCCCAUCACCCACUAUGACAGCAACACCAGGAAGGACCUGCCUCGAGUCCCCUGGAUGGGGAAGGUGGACGCGGAUGACCCCCAGUACUGGCAGUGGAACACCCAGGCUGCACGGAACUCUGAGCAGGUGUUCCGAGAGAACCUGGUGAUUGCGCAGAAGUACUACAACCAGAGCGGGGGGCUCCACACCCUGCAGUUGAUGUACGGCUGUGAGCUGAGGAGCGAUGGGAGCAAAGGAGGGUAUGAGCAGUUCGGCUACGACGGAUGGGACUACAUCAGCUUCGACAAGGAGACCCGCACCUGGACGGCGGCCGAUGCCACAGCCCAGAUCACCAAGCGGAAGUGGGAGGCCGAACCCGCCAUGGCUCAGAGAUCCAAGGCCUACCUGGAGGAGACCUGCAUUGAGUGGCUGCGGAGAUACCUGGGCUAUGGCAAGGAGACCCUGCAGCAGAGGAGAGGUGUGUGGGGAGGACGGAGGUGUCUUGGGGGGCAGUCCUUCUGCCUCCCCUGGUUCCUCAUUGGACAGAAGAGCAGGAAGUGGGCAGGAGCGUACCACUUCAGCCU